AUUAUGUGAUAGUUACAGACACGUUAUAUAUGUGUGUAUGUAUAAUCUAUCUAUAUUGAUGGAGACAAUAACCAUUCGUACCUGACCAUUUCUUUUGUGAUAUUUUUUUAUUCUUCUUUCUCCUUUUUUUUCCCGUCUCCCAGAUCUGCUUCCUCAAUCUUACCAUUGGAAAGCUUCAAGCUAAUUUUCAGGGGACAGGAUCAAAGAGUGAGAUCGUAGAGGAAGAAAGCCAUGUACUUCUUCGGUUUGUCCAAAGAAGAAGUGUUGUCACAGAAACAUGUUGUACCGUAUAAAGAGACUUUUAACCAGAAUCCACUCACUCUGUUUGGGAGACAGGUGUAUCCGGUGAAUAGCAAUAGCUCCAACUCUGUUCAUGGGUCUAUGAAGAUGAAAGAUAUUGAUCUUCGGCUUCCUGCAGAUCAUUAUGCUUAUGUAGAGACUAGAUUUCAUUCAGCGUUUGAAGCUAAUAAGGAGAAAGAAGCGCUGGCCACAAAGUGGAGUGGCAAGAGAGACCCAAAAAUUGUUAUUGAUCUUGAAGAGCUUCCCACAACAGAGGAUGCAGAUUCUGUUAGCUAUGUUACUGUGAGAAGUCCUGAAACAGAACCGUCAUGCUUAGCUGGUCAGAUCAGCUCAAACAGUCUGAAGGUGGUGGGUCAAUCUCGUGUAGAAGAUGGUAGUGCAGGUUUACUAGAUCUUAAUACAACCCCGGAUGAGUUGGUGUCCGAGCCUCACUUGUGUUUCUUACAAGAUCUCAACUGUCCUUACGUCGAAGAGACCGAAACAAGCUGCGAGAAGAGUGGAGUUGAUGAUGAUCCUACGUCACUUAGCUCUCCUAAAUGCCAAAAUGUCCAUGAAAAAGACGGUACAGAGUCUCCAGCUUCAGAUACUUCUUGCUGCACCACUGAAAACAACUUAAGAAGAGGUUCACUGGAUCCUUCUUGCCGUACCAGGCUUGAGUUUCCUGUCUUACCAGAGAACGAACGUUGUAAUGAGGAGGAGAAGGAAGAGUUCUCUGAAGUUAUGCUAAUGGCAGCUGAAUCAUUAGUCCACAUAUCAGCAGUUUCAUAUCAAAAUCAAGACAAACCAGAGAAGGGUAACGUGGAACCAAGAUGUUUCUCAUGCGAUUCAUAUGAGCUACACACGUUAGGAAUAAGCGAAACCAACACGGAAGAAGAGUUCUGCGUGUCAUCAAAGGCUAUGGAUAAGCUUCAUAACAUCACAAGAGAGGACAACAAAGAGUUUGGACUCAAGCUGAGAAGAGGGAGGAGAAUGAAGCACUUUCAGAAGGAGGUACUCCCUAGCUUAACGUCGCUCUCUAGGCACGAGAUACGCGAAGACAUGAACAUCUUGGAAGCGGUUUUUAGAUCAAGAGAGUACAAGAAGAUGCAGGGGAAAACGAGAGAUGUUAAACUUGGAGCAAACCUGAGAAACAAACGUUUAGUGUCACAGAGGUACGUUGGUAAAAGAAGGUGAAAACAUGAAUGAGUUUUAUAUAUCUUUAUGGGUUUCAGAUUCUAUCUUACAAUUGCUUCAUUGUGUACUCUUUUAACAGUCUCUUUUUUUGUUUAAUUUACGACUGAUUAUGAUACCAGAAAAAAGCUAAUGAGCCAAUGACAUUAUGUUUCUUAUUCUUGCUCAAAAGGAUACUUAAGUAGCUACUGGUCUGUAAAUUAACGUUUUAAUAUGAAUAGACUUGAAUGUGUUCUUGGAA